UGUCUAGUCGCACCAGAUUCCAUUAUUAUCCCAAUCAAGCCCCUCCGCGAAUGUCUGCGCUGGACGUCAAUUGGUUGCGUCCCGUGACGCCGGGCGGGCAGAAGCCGCUGCAGAUACUCGUGGACUGGUUCGCGCUCAACGGCGUCGUGUACCACGCGUCCAGUCACCAGCGAGAGGUCCUCGUGCCUCUGUGUCGGGAGCUCAACGCGCUUGGAGUCCAGUGCGAGGUGGACCAGAUUCUAGACUACGUGAGCUACCUACAGGAGGUAGUGCACGACGCUGCUACUCUACACCACACACUACCAGAGGACCUAACACCUUACCGAGAGCGUCUCCAGACGCUGCUGUUCAAGGAUGGACACUCUGAAGCUUCCGUCGCUCUUCAGAACCAACAGAAGCGCCCUAAUAGCCGUCUAUCGUGGCUCGAACCUUCGCCUUACGGUGGUCUAAGUGGCAUGGAAGUGCUGGUAGAAUGGCUCAAAAACAACUACUCUACAUAUGCCCAUGCUACCAGGAAGGGGGAGAAAGGGAAGAUGCUGGAAGAUCUGGUAAAGCAGAUGAGGGACGCCGGCAUCCAGGACUGUGCCGUCAACACUGUGCGCGCGAAGAUUGACGUGCUACAUCGAGAAGUGAGAGGAGAGAAGUCGCGGUCAGCCGCUUGGGAACAAUUUGGCUCGGUGCUCGAGGAAAUUUUCACAGUGGGGGACGCUGGUCACGAGCGUGAGGACGGCGCUGAGAAUUCUGACGAGCAGGAGUUUGGCGACCAAGACCAUCAUAGCAGUGAUGGUCCUGCUUUUCAGACCAAUAGCUUCCUUGAUGCGAGGAGUAUAGGAGUCGAUACUUCAGUGGCUGUGAAACCCCCAGUGAAGCACACACGGAAUAGUCCUGCCAGUCGUCUAUCCUGGAUGAAACAGGUGUUGCCUGGUUCUCCUACUGCAAUGGAAUUGCUGGUGGAGUGGAUGGAGAACAACUACGCUGCAUACACGCAGUCGAAGAAGAAAGGGGAGAAAGGGAGGAUGCUUAUCAGACUCUUACACAAAAUUGAAGAAGCUGGACAUCGAGGCUGCACCAUUCACGCCAUUCGCGUGAAAAUUGACAGCCUUCAACGGCAAGCGGGUGGCAAGGCACGCCCUUCCUCAGCAUUUGACCAAUAUGGUGCAUCUCUCAAGAAAGUAUUUGCAGAGAAAGAUAGUCUGGAUACUACCGAACGAGGAAUUUCGCCACGGUCUGUCCCUGUAGACCACGACGGCGAGGAUUCGCACAUUAGUGAGGAAGAAGCCGAGAGCGAUGACAUCUCUGAUGAUAUAAUUCCAGAAAGCGGUAAAAGUGCCGAGUAUCAAGUUGACAUGGCUGCCACGGAAACGCCCAAACAAGUUGACAUUGAUGCGAGUCGUGACGGGGGAGAUGUCAACAUGCUUGAAGUUAGCAAUACGUCUCCAAAUCGAGCGCCUGCUGGAUCCGACAGCGAAACUGAGGACGAGCAGGACAAAAAUCCUGCCAAGGUGAAUUCCAUUGUCCCUCAGGUGUGUCAUCAGGCAACGUCACCGAUACAGUCACCGUCCACGAGUGAGAUCGUGCGAAUUGCAACAUUGCUUCGGGAGCGGCAUGACCUUCUUCAGCGAGGUGUGCCUCAGGAGCAGGUCGACAAGUUCCUCCCACUACCCGACGCUUAAGUGCAUGGACGGUCAAGUCAGAGUCAGAGUGAAGCUUUUAAAUUGGAGUUGGUAUCCUAGUUUUUUUAGUUGGAAAUAGUUGCAAAGUAAUUAUUUCAUUUUCGCAUGUUCAAUUCUCAGCAGUCAACCUGUUGCCAACAGAAACCAUG